UGCAGGUGGAGUUCACGGUGUCGAAGGUGGAAAAGAACGGCGUCAUGACGCUCGCCGCGGAGAACGUGACGGCCCCCGGAGGCGCUUCGAUCACAAUCCAGGAGAGCUUGGAUACCAAGAAGGAGUUCGUUGGAGGCCGGGACCUGAGGUACACGGGGACACUGAAGUUCUUCGCUCCACAGAGGGGUUUCGGCUACAUCAAGAUUGACCCGGGUUUCCAGUACGACAGAGAAGGCGUCCCCGAGGAGAUCCGUGUGGAGACGCAGGAGAUGAACUGCGGUGGGGGCAACCCUGGCCGAUAUGAGAAUCUGCAGAUCGAGUUCGGAAUUUGGGUGACGAAGCGGGGCGUCUUCAAGGGGUACAACGUCUGCUUGCCGGGUGGCCUGCCCCUGCCCCAGGACGAUGGCACCCGCGACGAACAGGGUGGCAAGGCUGUCGCGGACGCUGACGCUGCCCCAGCCGCUUCAGCGUAGUCGGCGCCCUGCGCUCAUCUCCCUCGCUGUCCUGUUGCCGGUGCUCGUCCUCCUCCCUCAGCUGAGGGCUAUCGGGUCCGCGUGCGAGCACCGCGGACAUUCUGCCAUCGAGUGAAAAGCAUGUUCUCGU